AUGAAUGAGAAGAUCAUAUUGUAUUCCCAAUUUAUUGGAUCUCAACAGUACCAAUGCCACAUUCCAGAUGGUUUGGUCAUUUCAAAAUGUGGGCCUGCUGCUGACGGACUGGGUGCCUUGGUGACGGAAGACAUAGAGAAGGCAGAGUUACUAAAUGCCUUUUUUGCUUCUGUCUUUACUGCUAAGGCUAGUCUCCAUGAAUUACUGGGCCCAGACACAAGAGAUAAAACUAGGAGAGAGGAAGGCUUUCCUCUGGUUGAGGAGGAUUGGGUUAGAUAUUAUUUAGGCAAACUGGACACUCACAAAUCUAUGAGCCCAGAUGGGAUGCACCCAAGAGAGCUGAGGGAACUGGCGGGGGUUAUUGCUCAGCCAUACCCAAUCUUCUUCGAGAGGUCAUGGAGAGCGGGGGAGGUGCCAGAGGAUUGGAAGAAAGCCAGCGACACUCCAGUCUUCAAAAAGGGGAAGAGGAAGGACCUGGGAAACUACAGGUCAGUCAGCCUCACCUCCAUCCCUGGAAAGGUGAUGGAGCAGCUCAGCCUAGAGACCAUCUCUAGACAUAUGAAGGAAAAGAAGGUGAUCAGUACUAGUCAUCAUGGAUUCACCAAGGGAAAGUCGUGUUUGACCAACCUGAUAGCCUUCUACGAUGGGAUGACUGGCUGGAUGAAUAAGGGGAGAGCUAUGGAUGUUGUCUACCUUGACUUCAGCAAGGCUUUCGACACCGUCUCUCGUAAUAUCCUCAUGGGAAAGUUCUGGAAGUGUGUGUUAGAUGAGUGGACGGUGAGGUGGAUUGAGAACUGGCUGGAUGGCAGAGCUCAGAGAGUGGUGAUAAAUGGGGCCGAGUCUAGUUGGAGGCCUGUGGCCAGUGGUGUCUCGCAGACAUCAGUACUGGACCUGGUGCUGUUCAACUUGUUCAUCAAUGACUUGGACAAGGGCACAGAGUGCACCCUCAGCAAGUUUGCAGAUGACACCAAACUGGGAGGAGCAGCUGACACUCCUGAGGGCUGUGCUACCAUUCCGAGAGACCUAGACAACAUGGAGAGUUGGGCAGAGAAGAACCUCAUGAAGUUCAACAUGAGGGUCCUGCACCUGGGGAGGAAUAACCCCAGACAUCAGUACAGAUUAGGAGUUGACCUGAUGGAAAGCAGCUCCGGAGAGAGGGAUUUGGGAGUCCUGGUGGACCAGAAGUUAACUAUGAGUCAGCAAUGUGCCCUGGUGGCCCAGAAGGUCAGUGGACUUCUGGCCUGCAUCAGGAGGAGUGUUGCCAGUAGGUCAAGGGAAGUGAUCCUCCCCCUCUACUCAGCUCUG